AUGGUGGCAAUGUUGGAAGUCGUCAGUGCUUCUAAUAAUAACUACUUUUCGUCAUUCUUAACUUACGAAUUUCUCACUUUUCAGACGGUCAACUCAGCUUCCGUUCCUAUUCGGGAUAUCACAACGUCAACCACAACUUCAUAUCGGCCGUACAACGAUGACUACACCUCCGUCCAACGACACUUAGACAGACCUAAUCAGGCUGAUAUAGAAAUCGAACGCUCCAAGAAGGACAAAAAAUGGUCUAUAGGAAAGCUUUUCAGAAGAAAAAAGAAAGAAGAUGAAAGUUCAUCGUCGCAAAGUGAAGAUGGAAGUAAAUCACCAUCUAAAAGAAAAAGUAAGAAGAAAAAACGAAUUCCCGCCGUCAAUAACUUCGACCACAUAGUCAUAAGAGAUACGAGACGUGCGCAAAGUGUAGCGAAACCAAACACUCAUGAUGCAACUGAAGAUGGUAUCUUAUCCGAUCCAUCAGCUGGUUUUGUAAAUUAUAAGGUCAAUAGGCCUAAUUUCAAUACUUCUAGAGAUGUUUUUAAAAUGAGAGAAAAUGAUAAUUUUUUAAACAAAGGGCUCUUAGAAACACCUUCACGAAAAAAAAGAAAAAGCAGAUUGAAAGCCCGGGUUGAGGCCUUAAGAAAUAGUAUUAAAGGAGAAUCUAGCAGUGAAGAUGAAUCUUUGAAAUCCUCUUCCAAUUCUUCUUCUAUGAUUAGAUUUAGAAGUGAUGACUCCUUAAUGAGAUCUCGCGACAGCUCACUAAAUAAAAAAUCGAGAAGUGCACGUAACGAGAGGUACAUUAAGCGUCUUUCUCGAGAUGAUGAAAACCAGCUUAAUAAAGAAGCAGAGCUACUUCAACAAGGUUAUACUAAAGCAGAAGUCGAAAUGUUAACACGAACGCCGACUAGUCAAAGCAGUGGCUAUGGAACAUGCAAACGUGAUUCUACUAAUAAAGGAACAAUGGAACAGCAAGCAACGAAUGACGCCAAUAGAGGCACUAUGAAAUCGGAGUCUAUAUCUUCAUUUCCGUCAACUCAAAGUUACCCUUCAACGAUUAAUUUUAACGCCAAAGUAAACAACGAACGUAUUAAUUACUCAAUACAAUACCCAAGUAACAACACCAAUCGGGGCUCAUUAUACAUUAAUAAUAAUAGAGAAAGUAGCAUUUCAAAUCAAUAUGAAAGUCCAGAGAGUAUUAUGUGUGUUAAAUUUCCUUUAGGAAAUGUUACCGACCUUAAAAAGGAGGAAAAGUCCCCACCAGUACCACCCCCUAGAGAUAUGAACCGAAAAGUUGUGACUCCUACUUCAAUGCUCUAUGAAAACAACCCUUUCAUUACGGAAAGAGUUAAUAACAGCCAAAAUGUAAAAUACGGUGUUCCUAACAACGAUUUCGAAAGAAUAAUGCGGCGCAGCCAGGAAAGGACACUAGGAAAAAAUGGCUUGCGACGCCCUACUUCAGAGGAUCAUAUUGCUAUACAAAACAACGAUUACCUUAAAAACUAUUCAUUUAGAAAUGACCAGCCACGUAGACCGGCGUCUGUUUCAGCAGAACCAAAUCAUUACGGGCUUUAUAUAAAUAGUCCAGCUUGGAGGAGAAGCGAGCAAAAUAAUAUUGUUAAGCCUGAACCGUUACAAGUAAACCAAGACUACUUAUAUUACGCUGAUCAAAGUCCAAGAUCACGCAGGCCUAUUAGCAUUAAAUCAAGUCAAAAUGAACUUCAUAAUCAAUAUUUAAGUGACUCCCAAGUUUCUUCUGCUAUGAAUGAAAAACCUUGCCAUAAACCACGUACUGCAACAGAGUUUUGGAAAAAAAUUGAUGACGCAGAGAGACAAAGACGUUCACAUACAGUUUUUGCUAAUUCUCGCAGUAAUAGUGAUUAUUCAAGCAAUGCCCAAAUAAAUAGAGCUUCAAUAGAUCAAAAUAAUAAACUUCCGUGGAACAAACGAAGUUCAGAAAACAUUGAUAAUGCUAAUAAAAAUAAAUCUUUUGAUAUAAUGGAUGGUGCCAAAGUGUGGAAAGCGACAACUGAAUAUAAACGGUCUACUACCGUUGAACCGGAGAAAACCCCAAAUUCCGCCAAUAAGACUCAUGUUCGGCAUAAGUCUGAUACAUACGUUUCAGGUUCAUACUUAAAUCCAUCAGAUGAUGAAAAAAAUUCUGAAAGACGAAAAUCAACGAACCUCGAUGAUGCCUUAAAUGAAUUAGAGGCCAUUUAUAAUAGUUUGGGUUUAGGAGAUGAAGACCUACUUGAUCGAGCUGAACAAAGAGAAUUAAUGACACCUAAAUCAAAUGAACAAUUCAAUGAUUGGAAUGGGAACGAUGAUGAUAUUCAAUUGCGUAGUCAACCUUCAACGCCGCUGCGACGGUUGUCUCGAAGAUCUACCUUACCUGAUAAAUUGCAAGACGAUAUGGCUUUUAGAAGAAUGAAUUCAUUUUCUAAUAAAGAUAAAUCAAAUCUCAAAGAUUCUCAAGCACAAAUAAGUUACAUGUUAGCAUCCCCGGUAUACGUUCCAUACGCUUCGGAUGAUGAUAGACAAUCAUUACGAAAUGAGCCUGACAUAGUUUAUGACGAUGUUGUGUAUAGAAAUAUUAAACAAACAAACAGCAGAUUAAAGACUAUUGAUCCGCAGCCACCUUUUGGCAUACCAGUUGGUCCAGUAUCACCGGCACCUCAAAGUGAUUAUUUGCAUGCGACACCGGAGAAUAAAGGAAGAUCUCGAUUUGUUCCCAAGAGGUCACCAGAUAUUGUGGCAGAUGAUUUAGCCUAUAGAAGUCUAAGAAAAGAUAAUAGACAUUCGUCAUUAUUUAAUGGAGAAAAUUAUAAUGGUUACAAUAAUAACAACAGCUACACUGAGUUCCCAUUUAAUAAGGAUAGUUCUGCAAAUAUCAAACGGAAACGCGCUGUAAGAUCCCUUUCAGCAAACAUUUUCUCUAUGAUACAGAAAGAAAUAGAUGAUGCUUUAAAUACGAGCAAAACAUCUGUCUUACAAAAAACAAGUAGUAACAGUGACGUCAUGAAGAGGCUACGUGAAACGUUUGAGAAAAAUGACGUCCAGAAGGACAUAUAUCCUCGCAACAAGGUAAAGCAAAGACACAAUACUGUCAAUUUAUUUGCUAAUAGCACUCAUGCGCCAUCGCACCAAUUUUCAAAAGAUGAUUCAUUCAUUUACAAUAAUGAUGUAUGUGUUGUCAAGCCACCUUCAUGUGAUAAGUCAAAAAGUUCAUCUCCAUCAAAUCGUUCACCACAAGCUUCUAAGCGAUCAUCUAAGGAUGAAUUUCAACAGGUAUUAAGUAUGUUAGCUCAAGAAGCUAUGGACACUAGCAACAAACUAGGUGUAGCCUUAGCUGAACUAGAUAGAAACCGUAAUAAAAACGAUGCUAUAGAUAUCCAAAAUAGAAUAACUGAUAGCAGAACGCUCUUUCUCAACGGUCUGACCGAUAAAACGAUUAAUGAAAGUGAAUUGAGUCCAAAAACGGAUAAUUUGAUUGAAAAUAAAGAGACAACAGAUAUGCCUAACGUAUUGUUCGAUAAACAAUCAAUGGGAAAGAAAACUGAAGAUAGUCUACUUCUCAUAUCAAAUCAACUACACAAAGUAGAAGACCAGCUUAAACAUACUAUUGAUAAAGAGUCGCAACUUGGGAAUGAUUGCUUCAGAGUAAAGGAAAAUGUUGAAAAAGAAAAUGAGAAAUCGCAUUUGAGUGAAACAAAAUUUUCAAACGAAAUGAGCAGUAUACCAGAUGUGGUACCCGUUAGAACUCAACCAGAACCUAAAAGUGUAGAUUUUAAGGAGUCUACAAAAAUUAAUGAAACUGCAAAACCUACUAUAAAUUCCCUCAAUCCAUUUUUAAACACGGAUGACAAAAUGAAAGAAAUUAAUGAGAUUAACGCCUUUAAAGAAUUAAAGGAUGGAAUAUCUGAUCUUAUAGCUGGUAUAACAGAAGUUAAUGAAAAGUUAUUUGUUUCUAAAAAAGCUCUUCCAAAUGAACCUGUUUCACCAAAGGCUUUUGAAUCAUCUAUUGUUAAAGCCACUGAGAAAUUGAAUGAGGUUACAAUGAUAAACACCAAUGAAAGUCCGAAAAGAGCUUCUAUUAGUUUAUCUAUAUAUGAUGAUGAUAUGCAAAAUAAGAAAGAUGGAGCCGACUCAACUGAAUAUAAUUCGUCAGAAGAACUUGCAACUAUUUUUAAGUUGGACACAGGUACUAAGUCAUCAUGUGAUAACGAUAAACCAAACAAAGAACGAAACGAUUUAAAUUCUCCAAAAAUAGUUAAGAACGUAACCCAACAUCUGAGGAGACUUUCGAUCGAUGAAAGUACUAGUCAGAACAAUUCACUGCCAACAGUCCCAUGGAGAGCUAAAAGGCAAGACAAUAAUUCACAAAAAGAAAAAAAAGGCGAUAGUACGAAGUCGAAACGCAAUUGGCACGACUCAGGCACGUUGAUGUUAGCUUGCUCCUACACUCUAAUGUUCUCACAGCAACUGACAGAAUUGGAUUGGCUGACACUGCUGGGCUUGCUGUUGGCAAUUAUUACUAUCAUCGCUAUGCUUUUAAUUUAA